UACCUCAAUCUCAGCGGUAAUGCACUUCGUCUGCUGGACAUCUCCAGCUUCGACAAGCUCAUCAAUCUGGAAGCGAUCGACCUGUCCGCCAACAAUUUGACCCAACUACCCUUUGGCCUCUUCGAUGCAUCCUCCCAACUGCAGCGCAUCAAUUUAUCACGUAAUGCACUGCCGGACAUACCUGGCCAACUCUUCGACCCGCUACCAUAUCUGCGUUCGUUGGACAUGUCACAGAAUCAAUUGUCGUCCGGCGCAUUCAUCGCUCAUCUCUCGCCGCUAUUGCCACGUUCCACACUCACAUUGGAUUUAAGUGAGAAUCACUUAACGCGACUUGAUACCGAUGCCAUGGAUGCGUUGCACGUCUGCAGCGGGCGUGUUGAGUUGGCCGGCAACUGGUGGCAUUGCCAGUGGCUCAUCGUUGAAUUGGUGCGCGCGCCCGCCCACUUUCACUUUGGACGCAACUAUACACUCGCGUCGACAUGGAGUGCGGCGUUGCUAAACGUGAGUGGCAUUGAUUGCUAUGAUGCCGAGCGUAAGCGCAGUAUUGUGGUGCUUGAUGCGGGGCAUUUGUGGGAGCGACGUCAUGGUGUGAGCGGCGAUGUGGACUAUAAGCAGACGUUCGUCGAGCCUGCGAUGCCAACGCCCCCACCGCUGAUGUGGCCGCGUGUGCGCAUGGACCGCUUUGACUCGCGCUCGAUUAUCAUAUGGAUGUUGAUUUCUAUUGGUUUGGCGUUUACCGGACUGCGUAUAGCGCGUCAGUUGAUCGAUAGACGGGAGCAAGGCAGACGCCUGAAAAAAUUGCGCGAAAUGAAGGCUGAUGAGCUGAUGAAAUUGACUGCGAAAGAGGCGGAGGCAAAUGCAUAGGGUGAUUGGAGUUUUACGCGUUUUUAGGUUAGCGUUCGAUUUAUUGAUUCGAGCAGUUUAGUUUGUAAU